UGUAGCGUUUACUUCCGCCCGGCCUAGCCGGUGGUGGGUCUCUGUUGCACGUGGGAUUCCCUGUGUGGAGUUCGCUGACGAUGUAAUGACCGUGGGUGACAUUGGGACAGACCCUAGAGGGUGAAGAUGUGGGUCCCAGUGGCGGUGCUUCCACCGCGGCUGACGUGGUCAGCCUUUUCCGGUGCUGGUCGUUUUUGCGUUUUGAGGUGCGGAGCGGCGAGGUGGAGGGACGCCCUGGCGGGGAAAGGCCGUGGUUAUUCUGACUUCCAGCCGCAGCUGUUGCCAAGUCAGGGUUUCGGAGAAUCGCCCUCGUGGGUGUCUAAGUGCCGCUUAGAAUCCAGGCGUUACAUAACCAGUCCGAGACUGGCUGAGACUGUGGGGCAGAUCCUUCGGGAAGAACACGAAGCUUGUCAGCUAUUCCUGGAGUGCAAUCCAGGUCCUGGAAUCCUGACUCAAGCAUUACUUGAAAGAGGUGCCAGAGUGAUUGCCCUUGAAAGUGACAGAACUUUUAUUCCACAUUUGGAGUCCCUAGGAAGAAAUCUGGGUGGAAAACUAGAUAUAGUCCACUGUGACUUUUUUAAACUGGAUCCUAGAAAUUAUGGAACAGUAAAACCUCCUACUGUGACUUCAGAGUUGCUUUUUCAGAAUUUGGGAAUAGAAGCACUUCCUUGGUCAAAAGGUAUCCCUUUAAAAGUAGUUGGAAUCUUCCCAACUAAAAACGAGAGAAAGACGCUUUGGAAACUUUUACAUGACAUAUAUUCCUGUACUUCCAUAUAUAGAUAUGGACGAGUAGAGCUAAAUUUGUUUAUUAAUGAAAAGGAAUGCCAGAAGCUAAUGGCAAAUCCGCAGAAUCCACACCUGUACCAGGCACUCAGCGUGCUCUGGCAAGUAGCUUGUGAGAUUAAACUUCUGCAUAGGGAGCCUUGGUCAUCAUUUGACAUAUACACCCAAAACGGGCAACUGGGAAAGCCAAAGUGUAGGGAAUCAUUAGAACAAAUACAACAAAACCUGUGUUUUAUUCGAUUGACUCCUCGUAGAAAUUUAUUUACAAAAAACUUAACACCUGUUAACUAUGAUGUAUUUUUUCACAUGUUAAAGCAGUGCUUUAUGAAGCGCAAUGCCAAGCUAAUAGACCACUUACAUUCAUUGAGUCCAGUUGAUGCAAGGGAUAUAUUGAAGCAAACAAGAAAAAAGGAAAAAACAAAAAUAACGAAUAUGUAUCCUCGAGAUUUUAAACGCCUUUUUGAAACUAUAGAGUGUUCCAAAGAUUAUACUUGUAAGUGGCUAUAUGAUGACUUCAUGGAAGACACAGUCACAUAGAGAACUGGACUGCUAAGACAGGAGCUGGAGCUAUUUAUUUUAUUUGGAAAUUAUGACACAAAUGGAAAAAAACUAGGCUGGAAAAGCUCACAUCCUUUUAAUGGAAGGUAACUAUUAUUGUCUUUGUUUUGUACAAACUAGACAGAUCAUUUUUUCUGAAGUUGAUACCAUAAGUACAUUGGAUAAAACAGUGGCUGUUAUUUUAUUCACAACUGAAUAAAAGGAAAACUUCAGUUAAUUGUGGAUUUGAUCAGAUUGGAUUUGUUUCAAAUUCCUAUCUACUGUCAACAUGCUGGUAAUUGUAGGGUUUUACCAGAUGAAAUUUAGUUUUAAAAAUCCUUUUGAUCAAAUACAUUGUAUUAAUUUAAAUACUUUAUUGAUUUUUGUAGCCUCCUAGGGGGCAAAGAGUUUGUAUAUUUUUAAGUUUAGAAAGUAAAUAAAACUGAUUUAAGUGGUUUGUUUCAGUUCGUUGAACUGUAAGUACUGUGUAAUGAAAUUAUUUAAAUUUUAAUAUGGUUUAAACCUUUUAAAAAUUAAAAUAUUUUAAAUAAUAA